AGCAAUCCGCGCACGGCUCAGCCCAGCAGCGUUCAUCGGCCAUUUCCUCUUCUCCUGUUCACUCGGCAAGUCUGCAGGAUGGACACGGCGACGCUCGUUGCGGGCGGCGGCGGCGGACGUGAGCUGCAGCCGCGGGCGUCUGGAGGGAGCAUCGAGGGUGAGGUGGAGCAGCUUAGCACUGCCCUGGGAGACGGGAAGUCGGUGCCCACUGAGGCCGAGGGGAAUGGAAUCAAGAUCGUGCAACUCCGGCGGCUUCUCGAGGAGGAAGGCCGCGAUGUGGCUUCACGCGCCGACGCCCUCGUGAGCGAGCUGCAGCCGUGGUCGUCCGGCGGGGGGAUCGAGGGUAAGGUCCGGCAGCUUCACACCGCCCAGGAAGUCUUCAAGUUGGUGCUCGCUGAGGCCGAGGGCAAGCAGAUCGAAAACGUGGAGUUGGCCCGGUCUCUCAAGAAAUUCCGUCAGAUGGCCUCCCGCGCGGGCGACCUCGUGGGCGAGCUGGAGCACUACCGCAUCCAGGAAGAGCUUGAGCAAGAGGGGCACGAGGAUGAUGACCAUGAGAAGGAUAGUCGGGUGGAUGGAUCCCAGAGCCGCCUGAUUCUGGAGAACACGGAGUCGGCCGAGGUGUUUCAGGUUGGUCAAGAUACUGGAGAAGAUUGUGCUUUUUGCACAGAAGAUUCAUCUUCAGCCGCUCUUCAGAUUCUGCCCUAUGUUGCCAACUCUACGGUCCCUGCUAGCAACACUAGCCUGGAACCUCGUCUUGGCAUUUCACGUGAGAUAAAUGAACUCAUUCAGGCAUGCUGCAAAAUGGCCAAGAUUCUGCUCGAGGCUCUUGUGCCAGCAAAACUGGAUGACCUUUCCCGUAUUGUGCAGAAAAAUCAGAGCAUAGGAACCAAUCUUCGAGAGACGUCGUCUUUCCUCACUGAACCCAAAGUUUAUGGUAGGGACGAGGACCGGGAUCGGAUAAUAAGAAAGCUAACAAGUGAUGAAUCUGCUGGGCAAGACCUCUCCAUCCUUUGUAUCAUCGGUUAUGGAGGUGUUGGGAAGACUACUCUGGCCAAUGUGGUAUUCAAUGAUUCGGCUGUCUCAAAGCAUUUUCCUGUACGACUGUGGGUUUAUGUGUCUGCUCACUUUGACCAAGCUAAGAUUAUACGCAAAAUGUUGGAGUCCUUGACUGGGAACAAGCAUGAAGACAUCAAGAGUUUGAAGGACCUCCAGAGGACUCUGGAAUCUGAAGUGAAGUCAAAAAGGGUGCUUCUUAUUCUGGAUGACAUCUGGGAAGACAGCCAAAAGGAAAAAUGGGAUGAUCUGUUAACUCCACUACAGUCCAAUGGAGUCAAGGGAAACAAGAUACUUGUCACAACUCGGAAGCCUUCUGUUGAGAAAUUCAUGAGAGCGAAUGCUAAAAUUAAUCUGGAGGGUUUAGAUCCAGAUGACUUUUGGCAUUUGUUUACGGAAUGCGUUUUUGGAAAUGAGAACUACAAAGUACCUCCAAAACUGCAGAAAAUUGGGAAGGAGAUACUUGUCAAAUUAAAAGGCAAUCCUUUAGCAGCAAAAAGUCUGGGCAAAGUAUUGAGAAGGGAUCAUAAUCCUGAUUUCUGGGCAACUAUUCUGGAUAAUAAUGAAUGGAAGCACAGAACUGAUGACUAUGAUAUCAUGCCGGCCUUGAUGAUCAGCUACAAAUAUUUGCCAGAGCACCUCCAGCAGUGCUUCUCGUACUGUUCUUUGUUCCCCAAGUAUCAUAGGUAUGAGAAAAAACGUCUGGUCAAUAUUUGGAUAGCCCAGGAUUUGGUAUCUUCCACUGAUGUACGGCUGGAGGAAGUUGGAGGUCAGUUCUUCCAUGAUCUAGUCGAGUGGGGAUUUUUCCAAAAGGAAUUUGAAUUUGGAGACUUACACAUCAUGCAUGAUCUCAUUCAUGAUUUGGCACAGAAAGUUUCGUCGGACGACACGUACACUAUAGAGAACAGUGAGCAUAAAGAAGCACCCUGGCUUGUUCGUCAUGUCAGUGUAAUCACAGCAAGGGAGUACACGUCUCAAGUAGAUGGAACGGUGCUUCUUAAUGAGCCUUUUGUGCAAGAGUUUGCCAAUUCAUUCGGCAAAUUGAAACAAAGUAAAUUAAGCACAUUUAUGCUAUUUGGACCGCUUGACUUGGCUAUUGGAAACACAAUUCGUCAAGAAUUCAGUGAGGUGAACUCGGUUCGUGUGUUGACAUUGGAGAUGGCAGUCUUUGAUUUAGAUUUAGUGAUAGUAAACAUCUCAGCAUUUGUCAAUCUUCGCUAUCUGGAGUUGAGCUGCUUUUAUAAGGGACCCAGGUUAGAACUGCCAGAGGCAAUAUGUAGCCUAUCUCAUCUGCAAGUCCUGGAUAUAAUGAAGAACUGGGGAGAUAGCACAGUUUUACCGAGAGGCAUGAACAAGCUUGGUAAGUUGCGCCAUUUUAUUGCCAGAGAUGAGUUGCAUGCAAAAAUAGCAGGUGUUGGGAAGAUGGUUUCCCUUCAAGAGCUCAAGACAUUUUGUGUUCGAAAGGCAAGUGAGUUCAGCAUAAUACAACUCAAAAGAUUGAAUCAACUCAGAGAAUCAAUUAGAAUUUGCAAUCUUAAAGAUGUAGGAAGCCAAGAGGAGGCUGCGGAAGCAAGGAUAUGUGACAAGGUCCACCUCACUACUCUGCACCUAUCAUGGAGUGGUGUGAAUGGGCAAAACGUUGGUUUUUCAAGUAACUGUUCUAUCCUCGAGGAUCUCCAGCCACAUGCUGGCCUUGUAAAUCUUAAAAUCGAAGCAUACAGAUAUCCUUCACCGUCAUGGCUCAGCAACAAUAUUCAUCUCACCUCAUUGCGGUCACUCCAUCUGGAUAACUGCAAAAAAUGGUGCACAAUUCCAGAACCCAAGCACUUGCCUCUGCUCCGAGAGCUAGAUUUGCGUCAUAUGCCUCGUGUUCGUGAAAUCGUGAUUGGUCGUUUGGAGAUUCUGGUAUUAUACUACUUGCCAUGUUUGAGGCGCUGCGCAGUUUUGAACGAGGAACAGUUAUCUGAGAGUCUACAGGUUCUCAAAGUUGAGAAUUGUGAUCGAUUGGUAGAGUUUCCCUUGCCGGUACUGCAAGACUUCCAGUUUACUAGUCUUCACCGGCUUGUCGUUCAUAUGUACUUUUGCUUCAGACACACUAACAUCCCUCAGCUUCUGCGCAUGGAUUCUCUAAAGCAUGUAGAUUUGUGGUUGCAACCAUCUUGCCAGGAAUUUCAACUACGAUUAGGCCCAUCAAAUGCGCUCCGCAUGCAAAUCAUAGGAAGUCAUUCUCAACCUGUUCUGAGAAUAGAGGAAAGUUUGUUCGGGUUUGACAAACUAAAAAAUUUGGUGGAGCUUGAAAUCACAACGUAUCCACAUCUGACAUACCUGCCAUGGGAGGGCUUGCAACACUUGACAUCGUUGAAAAGGUUCAAAAUGAUAGUGUGCAGCAAACUGUUUUCUAAUAAUGUUGAGUUCAUUCUGCCACCAUCAGUUGAAGAACUCGAGUUCCAUUCCUGCAAUAUUACGGAGCAACAUCUGUCGCAACUCCUGCUGAACCUUCCAUCACUCAAGAAACUUGUCAUAACUAACUGUGAAGAGGUAACGUCCUUACCUGUAGGGCUGUUUACAGAUGAACACAGCCAAAUGCCAGAAGGCUCGUGGCACAUUGCUUCCAAUUGUUUGCCGAGUCUUGAGAGGUUGCAGAUCACCUUCCCAGAGGGUAGUAGUGUAAUUGCGGCGAUGCAUUUUUCAAACCGGAAGGGCUUUGGAAGAUUUGUCUCUCUCAGGGAAGUCAUCAUUGAAAAUUGUCCUACUCCCCUAUCCACUAUGGUUUCAGGAAGAGCAUCUAAAGUCCCUCCACCUUCUCUAGUAAAACUCAUUGUGACUGACAUCGAGGACAGCUGUCUGCAGUUUUCACAACUCUCUUGCCUUGUUGAAUUACAAGUCUUGCGAUGUUCGUCUUUGACAAGCGUCAACCUGGAUUCUUGCACCGCAUUACAAGACCUCAAGAUUGAAGGAUGUAAAUUGCUAUCGUCAAUUGAAGGUUUGCAAUCAUGUAAAACGUUGCGGCAUUUGAGCAUCCACGGUAGUGAAGCGCUACUAUCACUCGGAGCAUCGCUUAGCACCCUGACAACAGUGAGUAUAGAGAAGAAUCCAAAUUUGGCAUGUCUUGACCUGCACACAUGUACAGCACUGCAGAAACUACGCAUCGAAGGCUGUGCUACAAUGGCUUCUUUUGAAGGUAUUAAAUCCCUUGUUGGUCUGAAGGAGUUGAGAGUUGAGAACUCUCCAGGCUUCAUAAGGUCAUGGAUUUCAGCAGCAGCGGAAGUUGAGAGCGAGGACAGCUACUUCAUGGGAACACUUCAGGUGCUUGAUAUUGAUGACAUUAGUGUCCUAUGUAUGCCCAUAUGCUGCCAGUUAACUUCUCUGAAGACACUGACCAUUGAUGGAGCCCGUACGGUGGGCGUAUUGACGGAUGACCAUGAGAAAGCGCUUCUACUUCUCACCUCCUUGAGACAUCUUGAACUCAACAACUUUAAGCAUCUCAGGUCACUGCCGGCUGAAUUCCAGUCCCUUGCAUCACUGGAAAGAUUUACUCUUGUCAAUUGUGAGCGUAUCACUUCCUUGCCCGUGGGGGGUCUCCCGGCUUCGCUGAAGGACAUGGAUCUGAAAGGCUGCAGUAAAGAGCUAAAUGCAUCGUGCAUAGAAAAUUAUCAAGCUCGAAGGUUGCAUCUAUGGGUUGACGGAACCGCAUAUGAAUAAAUCCACUUACUAAGGCCCUGUUUGGUUCAGCUUUUGUCGACGGAUUCCGCUGCCGCGCAGCAGAAUCUGAACCAAAGGGCGAACCCAGCAGAAUCCGAUUCCAGAAAUCCGCUGCCAAAAUCUGAACCAAAAGCGGAAGCAGCCCAAGACGUGCUUUCCAAAAUCUGAUUUUGCUGCGGGCCAAAAUCUGAAAAAGCUGUAUCAGCUGGUUUGCCAAUGACCUACAUCUUUUUCACAUCAGAUUUUCCACAGCUGUUUUUCCACAACAGAUUUUUCACAGCUGCUUUUAAAAAUCCACAGCCGAAGCAAAACAGGGCCUAAGUGCCUGGAUGUGGUGUGGCACAGCAGCCCUUUAUGGUGUUUGGGCCUCGAGAGCUUCCAUGUGAGAUAUCCUUUUCCACCACAUACCAUAAGCUGUUUCAUUAUGAGAUAAAUAUAAAGCCUCUUUUGAUUCAAGUCAUUGGCUAACAUUUACUCUGUCCGUAUAUGUCGUUUACGUACACAAGUCACAAUCAUGAAUUUUUUUAAUACGAAUGUAAUGACAUCAACUUCAUGCCACAUGAGCCACAUGUUAAGAAAGUAAUUGCUGGUCAAAGACUUGUCUUAACGAACCAAUAUAUGCCUUGCAUUUUUGGACAGAGUGAACAACAAAUUUCCUUUCCUAUUUGUGUUGGCCACUGUAGAAACAAAGGAAACUAUUGUGCCAGAAACAUCGACCAAGUCUUAUUUUGAUAUAUUUAUCCUCCACCAGCCUGUUCCGGACCAUUCCUAACUACUCCCUCCGUCCCAUAAUAUAUGAUGUUAUUACAACCGAUAUAUGAGUUAUAUUGGUUGUAAUAACAUCAUAUAUUACGGGACUGAGGGAGUAGAAGAGUUUAUUUGUGGUAGAAAUGCAACUAAGCCAUUUUGCUAUGCAAUCUUUAAUACUGACAGGGGAAUCCAAGCUGGCUCAGUUGGAGUAAUUGAACGCUAGGAUCAAAAGCCGAAGGAGGAGACCGUGAUAUUAAAGUGCAAACACCAGGUUGACAAAUUUUUUGCCUCAUAUGUGAUAGCUGGUGUCACACCUGCGAGUCUGGUGACUACGGUGGACUGAGAGUUGUGUGGGCCGUGGGCCUUGUAAGAGUGUGGGGCCAGGAUCAGUGAAUUGUUCUGAAAUCUCACCCUGUUUCUCUGUUGUGUUCUCACAGCCUUCUUCCUCUCCAAGCCAAAAUCCUCACCUACUCCUCAAUCCCUUCCUCGCGCGAUCCAGAUCCUGGGGGCCGCGUCUCGUCACAGCCCGUAUUGCAUUACGCAGGUUCAGAUAGCUGGGUGGUUUACUCUCAGGAUUUCUCACCAAAAGCACAUCAACUUCUCCGGGUUCGGAAUGACGCUUCCAGGCUAGAGAGAGGAUUGCCCAUGCUCAUUAAAAGGAUUAUUAUGCUGCUAAUUGCCUUGUCAGGCAGAUCCAACACCACCAUGUGUUCAUCAUGCUGCUGCUAUUUAUCUUGAUUGAAUCAACUGUACUGUUUUUUCCUGUAUAUAUUAACAGAAAUGAAGUGUGCUACCUGUAGCCUUGUUGGGUGAAUCAGAUGUGUGCACAGAAA